UGCACAUUUGCACUGCUGCCUCCAGGGCCUAGCGGGACGGCAACUCAGUGGGAGUAACAGACAGGGUAAAGCGGCAAAAUGGCUUUUUCGGGGGAUCUGAGGAUCUCUGCAACACUGGCCUCCUACCACAAACAUCCUCUUCGAAGUUCUUUCUCCUCCACAAAGGUUGACUUUGCCAGAUUCCUGAAUGGAGGUUCUAGCAUAACUGAAAUCACAUGCAAGUGGCCUUGCAUGGCCUUCCAUGGCCGUAAAAUGUGUGGUAAACUGUUUUCUGGAAUCACGGGAGACUACAAGUUGUCCUCAGAUACUGCUAGCAAUGAAGCUGAGAGCUUUCUCCUCAGUGCCAUAAACAUGAAUUUCUUUGAGCGUUUGAAUUUGGCUUGGAAGAUAGUAUUCCCACCACCAGCAUCAAGGAGGAGGUCAAAUGCGAGGAUCGCCAAGCAGCGCUUGAAGAUGAUUCUCUUCUCUGAUCGUUGUGCUGUUAGUGAUGAGGCAAAGCGGUUGAUUGUGAAAAAUAUUGUUCAGGCUUUGUCAGAAUUUGUGGAGAUAGAAUCACAGGAUAAAGUCCAACUCAGUGUCUCUACCGAUUCAGAUCUAGGAACUGUAUACUCUGUGACGGUACCUGUCCGGCGAGUGAAACCAGAAUAUCAAGUUGCUGAAGAGAGUGGAUCAAUAACAAACAUUGAGUAUAAAGAUACAGGAGAAAGUUCCGGUUCCGUCGAUGUCCGGUUUGACUUCUACGUCCCUGAUGAAAAGCCUUGGUGAUAUCAAGGCUUUAGAGAAACUAAAAGUUAGACAAGGAAAGUGAAAAGUGUUGUCAAUGUAGUUCAUUUGGUUUUCUGUUGUUGGAAGUGAGUUAAUCUUGAAGUUGUGUUCUGUGUAAAUAUCAAAUUUGGUGUAAGGUGAUUGAAGAUUUUGCUUGAUUUGAAAAUGUGCAGCUCACUCCUGUCCUUUAGGUUCAUUUUAGAUUCUCCACAGGGGUGAAGUGGAGUUUAUCCAAAAGCUAUAAGAUUUUGUU